GAAGACCUGGAAGAGGUCGUGCUGGAGCUAAAGCGCAUUCACACCAAGGCGAUCGACAAAGAUCGCAAGGUCAAGGCUUCCUCACAGCAGCCAGUCAUCGCCUGGAGGCAGUUUUUAGACUGCAUCAUGAUGGAUGAUUUGCCAAAGUAUUCUGUGGGUCCUGUGGCCUUGAACAUGUUCAUUGUCCAGCAAGCCUUGCUGGGCGACGACAUGCCUUCGACUGGGGCAUCCGGAGCUUAUCUGAUGGCCUACGAGACCGCUGGCUUCUAA